UUUCCCUCUGUAUAUCGUGUUGCCCAUAUCACAGGGCACAAAACAAUAAUGAAGACAACAAUGAAAAUGUGGUGGUGGCGGUGGCGGCUGAUCAUGGUGUUUAUGGUGGUGGUUGUGUGGAUGUCAGAUACUGCAAAAUCUGACCCACAGACUAAGCUGCUCAAUUAUGGAUGCAGUCAGUACAACGCCACCAACCUGUCCAACUUCUUCAGCAACCUGAAUGCCACCUUCUUGGAUCUCCGCAGCCAGCUUUCCACUAACAACACGCACUUUGCCACGGCGGCGACAGCGAGGUCGUCGGACCCGGUCUAUGCCAUGGUUCAGUGCAGGAACUACCUCUCUAUAGCCGACUGUGUCGCUUGCUUCGACGUCGCUGAGUCUCAGAUACGCAACUGCUCCGCUGCCAACGGUGCUCGGGUCAUCUAUGAUGGCUGCUUCAUCAGGUAUGAGAGCAACAGUUUCUAUGACCAGACCACUCUCCCCGGCAACACUGGGCUAUGUGGCAAUCAAACCGCAUCUCAGCCAACUGCUUUUGAUGAGGCAGUAAAAGCAUCAUUAGCUGAUCUUCAAGUAGCGACACCGAGGAUUAAUGGUUUCUUUGCAGCAACAAAGACAGCAGUGGUCGGUGGCAAUGCAUCAGUUUACGCGGUGGCACAAUGCGCCGAGACAGUAAGUGAGACUGGUUGCCAAGAUUGCUUGACAGUGGCAUAUGGCAACAUACAAAGUUGCUCACCGGAUACAGAUGGUAAGGCUGUUGAUGCCGGGUGUUUCCUCAGGUACUCGGAGACGGCUUUUUUCGCAGAUAACCAGACAGUCAAUAUCACCCCUUUCCUUGGAUCAGGAGGAAGUUCAACCAAGAAGAAAGCUAUUAUUGGUGGAGUGGUUGGAGGUGUAGGUCUUCUUUUGAUUGUAGCUGCUUUGUUUUCAUGGUAUUACAUGUCGAGUAAGCCGAAGGCAACUCGAAGAGGUGAUAUAUUAGGGGCAACUGAGUUGCAAGGUCCAGUGACUUACAGUUUUAAAGAUUUGAAGACUGCAACUAAAAAUUUCAGUGAAGAAAAUAAACUAGGAGAAGGAGGUUUUGGUGAUGUAUACAAGGGAACUCUUAAAAACGGGAACGUAGUUGCAGUGAAGAAACUAGACCAUGUCUCCAGUAGAGCAAAGGCUGAUUUUGAGACCGAAGUUAAGCUUAUAAGUAAUGUUCAUCACCGGAAUCUCAUUCGUCUUCUGGGAUGUAGUAACAGAGGACCAGAACUGCUGCUUGUUUAUGAGUACAUGGGAAAUGGAAGCCUUGAUAAAUUCUUAUACGGUGAAAAGCGGGGGACUUUAAGUUGGAAGCAAAGGUUUGAUAUAAUCUUUGGAAUGGCUAGGGGUCUUGCUUAUCUGCAUGAUCAGUUCCAUGUAUGCAUCAUACAUCGGGAUAUAAAAUCCAGCAAUAUUCUGCUGGAUGAUAAUUUCCAGGCCAAAAUUGCUGAUUUUGGGUUGGUAAGACUUCUACCUGCGGAUCAGAGUCAUGUCAGCACCAGAUUUGUCGGAACCUUGGGUUACACAGCACCAGAGUAUGCCAUUCAUGGGCAGUUGUCAGAGAAGGUUGAUACCUACAGCUUUGGCAUUGUGGCCUUAGAAAUCAUAAGUGGCCAAAGGAGCAAUGACAUGAAGGUCGAGGCUGAAACUGAAUACCUCCUUGAAAAGGCAUGGAAACUGCAUGAGACUGAUAUGCAUUUGAAGUUGGUGGAUGAGACAUUAGACGCAAGUGAAUACAAAGAAGAAGAUGUGAAGAAAAUCAUGGAGAUUGCUUUGAUGUGCACUCAAUCGCCAGCUUCUCUUAGGCCGACAAUGUCUGAGAUUGUUGUUUUGCUUUUAAGCGAGCAAUCAGCAGAGCCUAGACGCCUGAGCAGGUCUAGCUUCGUUGAUUCUGAUCUGAGGAUUCGCGAGGACACAUUUACUGCGUCUACUGGCUCAACAAAAUCCCAUGCCACUGCCUCAAUUACUGACUUCACAGGUCGCUAGCUUCUAGACUCAUCGGGCUAUCAAGUGUGUGACUAUGCUUAUUAUCUUCAAGUCAUUUCAGCACCACAAUUAUACACAACUUUAAUUUUUUCAUGUUUGUUAUUAUAAUAUUCGUGUUUGUAACUUAUGGCCUGUCAUAUGACUCAUAUAUAGAAUUCUUGCAAGGGUUAGAGGGCAAUUUCUGUGCAUUGCAAAUUGCAAUCCCCUUAACUGUUGUAACCCUUUCUACGUUGUGUGUACUAAAAGGAAUGGUUUUCAUAUCCGAGUUUGUUCCUUA